UCAGCAUGAGUCAAUUCCAAGUCCACUGGUUUCUGGAGUCCUGUGUGCACAACGACACCAAAGGACUUGGGAAAGUAACUGAGCUGACUUAUGAAAACUACAUGAUUCUGAAGGACCUGUCGUUUUCAUGCAAAUACAAAGUAACUGUUUUGCCUGCAAAAUCUAAAGGUCGUUUUAAGGCUGAGAGUAUUUUCUUUGUUACCCCACCUUGCUCUGCAUUUAAAGAAAAAAACCACAAGCACACUGCUGAAGGAGUGCCAGUUCUACCCAAAGUAUUGGCCAAACCCGAGAAUCUAUCUGCGUCUUUCAUUGUCCAGGAAGGUAACAUCACUGGUCAUUUUUCCUGGAAGAUAUCAAAGGCAGACCUUCACCAGCCCAUGACAGGGUUUCAAGUCACUUGGGCAGAAGUAACCACAGAAAGCCGGCAGAACAGCUUACCCAACAGUAUCAUUUCGCAGUCGCAGAUACUGCCAGCAGAUCAUUAUGUACUUACCGUGCCCAAUCUGAGGCCAUCAAUGCUGUAUCGCCUGGAAGUUCAAGUGCUGACAACUGGUGGGGAAGGACCAGCUACAGUAAAGUCAUUCCGAACACCCGAUCUUCCUCCAUUUUCACCCCACAGACCUCAUCUGAAGCAACAUCAUCCACAUCACUACAAGCCACCCCCAGAGAAGUAUUAGACUGUUUCAGAUGAUUAUACAAAUUACUGAGAGAAAAACUGAGCUCCCAAAUGGAGGUGUGGAAAAGGCACAUCUGUAGGAGAAAUGAACCCAGUUUUCCAGUGAAAGUUACCAUCCUGUGUGCUCUGUAUCUACUUCUCUGUAGUUUAGCCAUGAUGAAUUGUAUUUGCACCAAGGCCAGGAUGAAGCAUACAGCAAGUAUCAUUUCAGUACCA